AUUUUCUGAUAUUUAAGUUUCCAGAAAUCUUAGAGACCGUCGAUCGCUGAAAAGGAAGAAGAAAAACCCUAAUUAUUCUUAAAAUUUAACCUCAGCAUUCGCGCUUUUGAUGGUCCUGGUAUUUGGGUAGAGAGAGCUUGGCGGUGGCAUUUGGCCUAAAAAAGUGAUGAAGAUGUUGCGGUUGUUGUUGAGUCCGUGAUGGGAGUGGCUAAGUUCGGCGUUAUACAGGCGAAACUGGCGCUGUUACAUCAUCCAAGUGGCAGCGUCCUAAGCCACAAGCAUGAGUGUUGUAGUUGUCGAUCGUCUGCGGCGCAACCGAGGAAGCCGAUCUCCUGGUCGCUCGUCUGUGGCUUGAUGCUUUUCUGCUUAGGCAUGAUAUCGCUCUUCACUGGACACGUGGCAUCUGAUCUCGAGUGGUACUCUCAGCGACUUAUGAAACGAAGAUCCUAUUUCAGAUUGGAGGGAAUUAAUAAAGGGCCGAUUGAUGUAUGGAAAUCUGAUUUUGCAAACUACUUUUAUGGAUGCAGCCAAAGAAGUCGUAAUUUUCCUGAUGCUAUACUUGAGCGAUCAUCAAAUGGCUAUUUGCUUAUUGGAGCAAGUGGAGGACUGAAUCAACAAAGAACAGGAAUAUCAGAUGCUGUAGUUGUUGCUCGGAUCCUGAAUGCAACCCUAGUGGUACCCGAAUUGGACCAUAAUUCAUAUUGGAAGGAUGAUAGUGACUUUGUUGACAUUUUUGACGUCAACUGGUUCAUUUCUUACCUUGCAAAAGAUGUUUCUAUUGUCAAAAGGGUUCCUGAUAAAUUCAUGCGAUCAUUGGAAAAACCUCCAUAUACUAUGCGUGUCCCAAGGAAAUCUCCUCCUGAAUAUUAUCUAGAUCAAGUUCUGCCAAUACUUCAAAGAAGAUCCGUCCUGCAGCUGACAAAGUUUGAUUACAGACUGGCCAACAACAUCGAUGAUGAGCUACAAAAGUUGCGUUGCCGGACUAAUUAUCAUGCUUUAAGAUUUACAAAACCUAUUCAAGAACUUGGGCAGAAACUUGUAACGAGAAUGCGUGCGAUGGCAAAACAUUUUAUUGCCGUCCAUUUGAGAUUUGAAUCGGAUAUGCUAGCAUUUUCUGGUUGUUACUUUGGUGGUGGGGACAAGGAGAGGUAUGAGCUUGGAGAGAUACGAAAGCGAUGGGAAACAUUAACAGAUGUUGAUGCCAAUGGGGAGAGGAGGCGAGGUAGAUGUCCACUUACUCCUCAUGAAGUAGGAUUAAUGCUGAGAGCACUUGGUUUUGCAAAUGACACAUACAUCUAUGUCGCAUCUGGAGAAAUAUAUGGUGGAGAAGAGAUGCUUCGAUCACUAGGAGAUCUCUUUCCAAAUUUCUAUACAAAAGAAAUGCUUGCUGAAGAAGAGCUAAAACCUUUUCUUCCAUUCUCUUCUCGACUGGCUGCCAUCGACUACAUUGUUUCUGACGAAAGUGAUGUUUUCGUCACCAAUAAUAAUGGAAAUAUGGCCAAGAUUCUUGCAGGUCGAAGGAGGUACAUGGGGCACAAGAGGACCAUAAGACCAAACGCCAAGAGGCUUGGUCCUUUGAUGAUGGAAAGGGAUCAGAUGGAUUGGGAUACGUUUCUCCAGAAAAGUUGGACAGAACUCGCCGUUUGA